AUGCGCCUUCCUCGCCACAGAGUCCCGCUGGGACGGCGAGCAUAUCAUGACGACUCCUUCGGCUUUCGCGCACCGCGGACCUUCACGCUUCCGGACUAUACACCCGCGCAGUUGCGCAAUCGCGCUGAGAACGCUACGCUCCUGCGCUACGUCGACUCAGUCCGGACGCACGGUCACCGCGCCGCGCGCAUCGACCCGCUUGAUCUGCUCGCGCGUGACCCUGUUGCAGCCCUUGAUCCUGCGCGCUACGGCCUCUCAACUCCGACGUCCACCUUCAACGUCGACGGCAUCCUCUGGACCAAGCCAGUCGGCGAGUCCUCGCCGGAAGAAUGGUCGCUCUCCGAGAUCGACGACCGCCUCAAGGCCAUCUAUGUCGGCCGCAUUGCGUACGAGUACAUGCACUGCAGCUCCAAGAACGAGCGGCUCUGGUUCAGCCACGUUCUCGAGAGUCAAGACCCGGCUUCGUGGCGCGCGAGUGAGGAAAACAAGAAGAGGCUGCAUGAACUCGUUGCACAGAGCGAGGUGUUCGAUCAGUUCCUACAGGCGAAGUUCCCGAACUUGAAACGAUACGGCCUCGAGGGCGGCGAGAGCAUGAUUCCCGCGCUUGAUACCCUCUUUGCCGAAGCCGCAUCCGCUGGCAUUCAGACGAUCUCGCUAGCGAUGCCUCACCGCGGGCGCCUGAACCUACUCACCGGCCUACUCAAGUUCGACCCUGCCGCGCUCUUCGCAAAGAUUCGUGGCGCGAGCGAGGUUCCGGAGGAACUCGGCGCCACCGGUGAUGUUAUCUCCCACUUGACGGCCAGUCCGACUUUGGACUACAGUGGCACGAAGGUGGAAGUCCAGCUCCUGCCCAAUCCUUCGCAUCUUGAGGCUGCGUCGCCCGUCGCGAUGGGCGUGACGCGUGCGAAGCAGUACGCUCUACUCGACCAAUCUCCUGAAGACUGCACACUGGGCGACCGUGCUCUCUGUGUCCAACUUCACGGCGACGCGUCGUUCACUGGUCAAGGAGUUGUCAUGGAGUCUCUCGGUCUCAGCAACCUCCCGCACUACACAAGUGGUGGAAGCGUACACAUCGUUGUGAACAACAACAUCGGCUACACGACUCCUGCGGCUUCUGCGCGCUCUUCGCUUUACAGCUCGGACAUCGGCAAGAUGAUCAAUGCACCUGUCUUGCACGUCAACGGCGACUACCCAGAAGAUGUUGCGCGCGCGGUCGAGAUCGCAUUUAAGUACCGCCAGCACUUCCGCAAGGACAUCAUCAUCGACCUUUUGGUGUACCGCCGCUGGGGACAUAAUGAACUGGAUGAACCGGCCUUCACACAGCCUGCGAUGUACUCUCGCGUGCGUGCGCGCAAGAGCGUACCCACGUUGUAUGAAGAGGCGCUUGUCAGCGAUGAGAUCCUGUCCGCCGACGCUGCUGCGAAUGUCAGGUCGAGCUACAAGGCGCACCUCCAGUCGCGUCUCGAUGCUGUGGACUCGUACAAGCCGACUCUACCGGCGCCAGGCAACCCUGAAUGGAACAAGCUUGUCUGGCCACCCAGCGCCGAAGCCCAGCGUAACCCGGAGACAGGUGUAUCGCGCGACGUACUGCAACAAGUCGGACGCGCGAGCGUUGCUGUUCCCGGCGGGUUCGAGAUUCAUCCCCGUCUGCAACGACAUGUCAAGGCACGCCUCGGUGCGAUUGAGAAGGGCGAAGGUAUCGAUUGGGCAACUGCUGAGGCGCUGGCGUUCGGUUCACUCUUGCUCUCCAACCACAACGUGCGCAUCUCCGGUCAAGAUGUCGGUCGCGGUACUUUCUCGCAACGCCAUGCUAUGCUUGUUCAUCAGCAAACCGAGCGUGUCGUUGUCCCGCUCAACCAUUCGUUCGAAGGCGAGAAGAACGCCGGAAAGCUUGAACUCGCAAAUAGUUCCCUGAGCGAGAUGGCUGUCCUCGGCUUUGAGGUUGGCAUGAGCUGGGAGUCGCCGCGUCUUCUCCCGAUCUGGGAGGCGCAGUUCGGCGACUUCUUCAACGGCGCACAGGUCAUCAUCGACACGUUCAUCUCGAGCGCCGAGACGAAAUGGUUGAAGCAGAGUGGACUCGUAAUGCUGCUCCCCCACGGUCUGGAUGGUGCAGGGCCGGAACACUCGAGCUCGCGCAUUGAGCGCUUCUUACAGCUUACGAACGACCGAUACACGGCGAACGACUCGGACGCUCGUAUCAAUAUGCACGUCGUCUUCCCGACGACCCCCGCGCAGUACUUCCACCUCUUGCGCCGGCAGAUGUUGCGCAACUACCGCCGCCCACUCAUCGUUGCUGGUCCCAAGGGCCUCCUUCGUCUUCCGGCCGCUGCUUCGAAACUGGUUGACAUGGAGCCUGGCACGACCUUCCUGCCCGUUCUUGAUGACCCGCGAGCCCCACACGAGACAGCCGAACGCAUUCUUCUCAUCUCCGGAAAACUCUACUACGACCUCGCGGCCUCCCUCCCCGCUGACCUCGCAUCCAAGAUUGCAAUCAUCCGACUCGAAGAGCUCGCGCCCUUCCCCUUCUCCGCUCUCUCCUCCGUACUAUCAAAGUAUCAGAACGUGGAUCUGAGCAAAGAGGGCGCGGUAACGUGGGUGCAAGAGGAGCCAAAGAACCAGGGCGCGUGGACGCAUGUUUCGUUGAGGUUGAGAGAGGUUGUUAGGCGGGAUGGCUCUGGGGGAGGAAAGAGGAUGCUGUUCCUGCGCCUGGGACGGGCAGGGUAUAUAAGCGUGAGCAGGAGGAGGUUGUUAAGGGUGUCUUUGGCGCGCUAG